AUGGAAACGAACCAUCAACAGUUUGUGAUCUUAGGUGGGGGAAUAAAUGGAUUAUCCUGUGCCAUGCGGUUGUCGAAUGAAUUUCCCAGUUCAACAAUACAGAUUAUAAGUGAUAAUUUUAGUCCCAACACAACGAGUGAUGUAGCCGCUGGUUUGUGGGGACCAUACGUAUUAGGUGAAACAUCGACCACCGAUUGUAGACGAUGGGCUCAAGCAACGCACGACUAUUUCCUGCAACUAUGGCGUGGUGGAUAUGCCGAACGGUGUGGAAUUUGUUUGGUGCCAGUGAUGGAAUGUUAUGAAACCGACACAACCGCUCCUUGGUGGCAUGAUAUUGUGUUUGGAUUUAGUAAAGUGUCUGAACAUUUUAAAUUACAGCAGAACGUCCAAACGGCAUUCAUGUACAUUACUUUUACAUGCGAACCUUCCAAACUGAUGAAACACUAUCGUGACAUUUUGUCCACUCGCAAUGUAGUGUUUCGCCAAGAACAUUUGCAAAGUAUCCGUUGCUUGGAACGCCUGGACAUUUCCGCAAAUGCAAUUAUCAUCAAUUGUCUGGGUAUGGGUUCGCAAAACGUCGCAGAUGAUGCAGAACUGUUUCCCGUUCGUGGUCAGGUCCAACGGGUAAAGUCGACAGCUGUAUUUCAUUCAUUCGCUAAUGAAUCAUGCUACAUAAUUCCCAACACGGAUACAGUCGUUUUGGGUGGAACGAAGCAAAAAAGCCACAAUGUACUGGUAAGCCCCAUUGACCGAUACAGUAUCAGAAAGGGUUGCCUAGACGUUAUGCCUUUGUUGCGAGAUGCACUAAUCGUACGAGACAGUGUUGGAUUACGUCCGGUCAGGUCUACUGGGGUACGUUUGGAACUGGAAUGUAUCGUUUUCGUUAAUGGAGAGCGUCAUGCAAUAGUCCACAACUAUGGUCACGGUGGUGCAGGAAUUACGCUUGCAUGGGGAUGUGCUGGCGAGGUGACCCGGUUGGUGCACGAAUAUGGUGCGAAAAGGGCUAAUCUGCAGAUGAAACUAUAG